AUGACGGCCUCCCUCGCGCCUGAUGACUACACAAUCGCGUGGAUCUGUGCGUUGCCUCUGGAAGCGGCAGCGGCCCGCGCCAUGCUCGACAAGACCCACACCCCACCCCGAUGGCCUACUACCGAUCCCAACGCCUAUGAAUUUGGUGAACUAAGCGGGCAUUACAUAGUCAUUGUCCACCUUCCAGAUGGCGUAUACGGAAAAGUCUCUGCGGCGGCCGUCGUGUCUCGCAUGCGUUCAACCUUUCGUCGACUUGAGUUUGGAGUGAUGGUGGGUAUUGGAGGAGGAGUCCCGGAAGGAAAAAAUGACAUUCGAUUAGGCGAUGUCGUUGUCAGUAAACCCGGUCCAAAUCAUAAUGGGGUCAUACAGUACGAUUAUGACAAGUCGGUUCACGGCGGAAAAUUCGAGCAAACAGGCAUCUUGAACAGGCCACCGCAGAUUCUUCUGAGGCACAUGACCCGGUUUAAAGCAAGACAGAUGACUGGGACGGACGACGCUAUCUCAAAAACACUGGAGGAAGUAGUAGAACGAAACCUCAGCUUGAAGGACGGAUUUUCUCCCCCCAGAGGGCACGCAGAUUUUCUUUUCCGUUCCUCCUACCGCCAUGUUAACGAGGAGGACACUUGCGAAAAGUGCGAUAAAGAGCAGUUAGUCAAACGACCACCGCGUGAUACAAGGGCGCCUUAUAUCCACUAUGGGUUGAUUGCCUCCGCAGAUCAGGUGAUGAAGGACUCAGAAUUGCGAGACCGUCUAGCUCAACAACAUGGGAUACUUUGCUUUGAGAUGGAGGCUGCAGGCCUUAUGGAUGAGCUUCCGACACUUGUGAUCCGAGGGAUAUGCGAUUAUUGCGACUCCCAUAAGAACAAAGAGUGGCAAGGGUAUGCAGCUCUUGUUGCUGCUUCUUAUGCAAAAGUGUUCCUAUCAGGAAUACCAGGAUCCCCUGUGAUCAGUAUUGACACCAAAUUACGAGAAUACUAUGACAUGAACAAUCGUCUGAGGAUUAAGCGCCUCUCUGGAGAAAUUCUGGAUAUGGCGCAAUGCUACAUCAAUCUUUCAAUAAUAGAAUAUAAAAACAAGAACCAGGAUAUGAAGUUGCACGCGAAACUGCCAUCCUCGGGGUUUUCACUAUUUAAUCGCCUAAAAUUAGCAGCAGACACUCCUGAAAGGGAAGCCACACUUCCAGACCUAUUUUGUGACCGAAAACUUCCCAAUGGCCAAGUGAUUUAG